CGAUGCCGCCGAGUACAAGUAGACGUUGCUUCGCCGCACAUCCAACCCUUCCUCUCCAGCCUUCUUUAGCUCUGCUCUGCCUCAACCACCUGGGUCGAGUUCCUCUUCUCUUCCCUUUUUCCCUUUUCUUUUCCUUUCCCUGUGUCUUAGACCUCAUCUGGAGCCGGGCUCCGCUAAUCCAUAUUCCUAAUCCCCGCCUGCUCCAUUCUUCCCAUUCACUGCUCUGGCAGCAGCUUCUCCAUUCACCAUGUACAACCGUCAUACCACUCCGCCCUCUGCCUCCUUUGCCUACUUCCCUGGCAGUGUUGGCUCCUCGGUCGACGGCGCAUACUACUCCAACAACUCGUCGCCAGACUCCGUCGCCACGGCCAACACGACCCCCCCACGCUCGCCCAUCAGGCAGACGGGCCCUCUCCUCCUCCCCAAGGUCCGCACCCAGGACCAGAUCGCCGAACCCGUCGCUGCUCCAGGAGGGCCAGUUCGACAUCGCCGGACGACGUCGAGCUCCAGCAUCGGCUAUGCCACCACCUUUAAUCCCUACUCGCGCCCAAACUACAUGGUCCGCCGUGGUUCCAGCCCCUUUGCCACUCACAACCACAGCGCCCUGACCUCGCCCGUGUCCACCUGCUCCUACGACCUGGGCUUGACCACGUCCACCCUCAACUCGCCCAUCUCCUUCACUGCCCCAGAGGGUCGCCGUUCCUCGUACGCGCCCCACGUACGCUCCCGCUCGACCUCGGCGGUUAGAGGACAUUCUCGCUCCGGCUCUGCAGGCAGCAUCGACGAGUCCGUCCUCGCUCGCUACGGCUACCCCACCUACCGCACCGUCCCCGGCUUCGUCUCGCCGGCUGCCGUGCAGCCCGACCUGAGCGUCGUCACCGCCCUUCCAACCGCCUACUCCCAGGUCCAGGAAGUAUCUCACUAUGCCACCACGACUACUACCGCCCAAGACUUUAAUUUCGCCGACAACUUUGCCGAUUUCGAUCCCGCCCCUGCAGUCCAGUACCCCGUGGCCGACCUCAGCGGCUUUGAGACGCCGACCUCGUCCCUCCUCGACUACCUCACCUCGCCCAACCCCUCUCCUGCCUUGGUCCGCCGCAUUUCCAACAUCCCUCGUGGCGUGCACACGCACUUUUGGUGGGACGUCCGCAACCUCCGCUCAUGGACCUCCUUCAACGUUUCCACGAUUGCCAGUCUUGAUUCGGUCCUGCCCCUGUUGGAAAUUCCAGUCCCAACCUCCAGCCUGCCCACACCGGCACGCACCAAUCUUCAACCGGAGACCGAGUCGCAACUCCACGACAUCUACACCACGUACCAUGGCACCAAGCUCAACGCUGCCCUGGCCGUCGCCCAAGGCCCCUCGCACAUCUCCAUGCGCGCCAACAAGCAGACCCCCGGCGCCCGCCCCGUCCCGGAUUUCGUCUCCCGCUACGAGCACUCCGACUUUGAAAAGACGCUCUUCGGGGAGCAGCGGGGCCGCGUCGUCGGGCUCGUCAAGUGCUACGAUCAGUGGAACACGGGCAUGCGCGGCGAAGCUCCCCCCAAACAGGUCCUGUAUCUCCAGGGCCUGGCGCACCUGCAGCGCGUGAUGCGCGAGCACGGAUGCCGCUACGGCUUCAUCAUCACCGAGAUUGAGCUGCUCUGCGUCCGGGCGGGCGGCCCCACCACUUCAACCCACCUCGACGCCACGACGGUGAAUGCGCAGGCGGGCGUCCCCAUCUUCGGAUACCUCGAGGUCAGCGCGCCCAUCCGCCUGUCGACGCACGGCCGCGACCCAUCGGACCCGUCGCAGCUGCAGAUGACGGCGGGCCUGGCGCUGUGGUACCUGCACAUGCUGGCCAAGGAGAAGCCCUUUUCGGGCAUCGAGGAUACGUGGCGCAUGGAUGUCGGGGGCCCCGCGGCGCUGACGAGGCAGAAUGUCGUCGAGAGGGAUGCGUGGAUGCCCAAACCGAAUCUGAGCGAGAAGCGUGAGGCCAAGCGCGUGAGGGGGUGGGUCAUGCCCGAGGAGGGGUUGAGCAAGAGGGAAGUGGGGAGGGGGAAGAAGCGGUAGGGGAGGAGGAUGAGAGAAGAAGAAGUAAUGAGCGGAGGAAGAUGUAAUGGGAGGGAACAGAGUAAUGGGAAGAAGGGGUGGAAAAGAGGAGUUCGUCUGGUACGGCUUCCUCGUCUGUUUUCUUUUCUUGUUCUUCUUCUUGGUGAGGCUUCUUGCAUGGCAUUGUCGCAUGGUCGGCAGCCCUUUUUUGCAUUUUUUCUGCGUUUUUGCAUAGCAUGGCUGGGUAUAGCAUCACCAGGCGUUGGUUAUUUUUUUUUUAUCUUUGCGCUUCUUCGAACAAGUAAGUAGCCUGCAUAUCCAUCCAUAUCUGUGGAGAGGUUCAAAAGGGAGCAGCA